AUGAAAGGAAAGAAAUCAGCGGAGAAGAGUAAGCUACCGUCAAAAAUGCCGUUUGGACCAAUGUCACGGAAGAAGAUGGCUCCAGGAGUGAUCAUAAACACGGAUAUACAUAAAUAUAAAAUUCUAUCAGUACUCGGCGCAGGUGGUUUCGGCGAUGUCUAUAAGGUGCAACAAAUAGAUAACAACCAACCGAAGGGAAUUUAUGCUCUGAAGACUGAAACGGCCGGACCCAAAGGACGAUCACUUAACAGACUUAAGGUAAAACCACAACAUUUAAGGUAUAUCAAGCUGCUAAACUAA